CGCCGCCGUAGCCAUGGCAACCGCUGUGRGAGGCGGGACCGGCCCGCGGGAGGAGCAGCAGCAGGAGCAGGAGGAGGAAAAAGAGGAAGCGGAGUACGGGGCACUGUCUUGCGCAUCCCGAGGGAGCCCUGCUGUUGCUGAGGACUCUGAUGACGCCAYGAUGACUUUCAGUGCACAGAAGUGUGGGGUCUGCUUCCAGCCCCCAUCCAUCAUCCUCAUCUACAGAGACAACAGCCAGGAUAAAACUCGCCAGCGCAUCAUGCCUGUCAGGAAUUUCUCCAGGUACUCAGACUGCAGCAGGGCUGCUGAGCAGCUGAAGAACAACCCUCGGCACAAGGCCUACCUGGAAGGGGUCYCUCUGCGUCAGCUCCAGAAGCUCUACAGUUUGCUGAGAGGUCACUUGGAAGGACAGAGCCUGGCUGAGAGCUUGGAAAAGUUUCGGCAGGAAGAGACCAUUGACCCAGAGGAGGAUAUGAACAAACUGGAUGACAAGGAACUAGCUAAAAGGAAGAGCAUCAUGGAUGAGCUCUUCGAAAAGAACAGGAAGAAGAAGGAUGACCCCGACUUCAUUUACAACAUUGAGGUGGAGUUCCCACAGGAUGAGCAGCUGGAGUCCUGUGGCUGGGACUUGGAGUCAGAUGAAGAAAUCUGAUUCCAGACAAAGAUGUCCUGGAUGGGCAGUCCAGAGAGAAAUCUCAGCAUCCCAGCAGAGAGAACAAUGCCAUCGUGCACRUUCUGCCCCACAGAAUUGAAUCACAUUGGCUCAGCAGAACCUGAGGGGUCACAGCAAUCCCAGGCUUAAGU